AUGUUCAUGCCCAAGGCAGCUCUCGCAAACCUCAUGGCCGCCAUACGGUGUAAAACCCGCAGGCGAGGGCCGCGACCAGUAUGUCCAACUCUGGCGAUCCCACUGAUCGCCUCAGAGCUGAGUGUUAACCAGACUCCCUCUGAAAAUAACCCUGUACCUAUAUGUACGGUGGUGCGGCCUCGCGCUGUCUCGAGGUGUAAAACCCGCAGACGAGGGCCGCAACCAGUAUGUCGAAACCGCGGUAUCCCCUUGACCGCUUCAGAGCUGAGUGUUAACCAGACUCCCUCUGAAAAUAAUAAAAGGGAAGUACUCAGAAUAGGGUUCAUGAACAUAAGGUCGCUUUCAUCGAAGGCGCUCUUGGUCCAUGAUUUAAUUAUUGAUAAAAAGAUCGACAUACUGGGGCUUUCUGAAACCUGGUUAAAACCAGAUGAGUUUCUAGCCUUAAACGAAGCUACUCCACCCCAUUACGUCAGCACCCAAGUAUCUAGAGAAGUUAAGAAAGGUGGUGGAGUAGCCCUGAUAUCUAAUUCUAAGCUUAAUUUAAAGCCGAAGAAUAGAUAUAUUUUCAGAUCCUUUGAGGUGCUAGCGCUCUGCACCUCAGCUCCUCGAGAAGCAAAACGAGUUCCAGACUCUUUUGUUUUAGCUGUAGUAUACCGUCCUCCAGGACCGUAUUCAGUUUUUCUGGGUGAGUUUUCUGACUUUGCAGCUGAUUUGGCUACAUAUUCAGACAAUAUUUUGCUUAUUGGGGAUUUCAACAUUCACGUGAAUAACCCGUCUGAUGCCCUCACAAGGGCUUUUCUGUCCAUUACAGAUACGCUUGGCUUCAAACAGCUCGUCCAGCAACCAACCCACAUCGGUGGAAACACGUUGGAUCUCGUUCUGACCCGCGGUGUUGACAUUUCGCAGCUAGUGGUCUCUUCCUACACCUCAGCUUUAUCAGACCACUUUUUGCUCACUUUCCAGGUGGUGGUAUCCUGCCCCUGCGACGAUCAGCAAGCUACUUUCAGCUGUCCGCCAUACACGUACACGUAG